UGUUUGCAAAAAAAUAUGGCGGACGUUGUAUAUGUUGUCGCUUCAUGAACUAGAGUUUCGCGAAAAUACAGUGAAUUUACCCCAUAAAAAGUGUAUCUUGUGCAAUUAUCAUAUCUAGCAAGCAAAGAAUCAUUCAGUUUCCAUAUCCUUAUUGACUUGUGCGGGUAAUGCCGAGAAAUUUCGCGAUUUGACUUAAUCGCAGAGAAAUGUCAUCGUCGGGUGGCAGAGACUCAAGCAGUGGCACGGCGAACGCCACCGCCACUAAUGGGGUCGCCGGUGGCGCCGCUGCCGCUUCAUCGCCAGGAUCCGCGAACGGUACCAAGUCGCGGGGGCGUCCCGCGAAAAAGCCCGCGCUUUGUACAUGGUGCAAUGAGGGCAAAACGCCCCUGCAAUAUGUCCUUCCCACUCAGAACGGCAAAAAGGAAUUCUGCUCGGAGUCGUGUAUCGUGGAAUUUCGCAAAGCUUACCGCAAGGGCGUCUGCAUACAUUGCGAUAAUGUAAUACGCGGGACUACGCCGCACAAGGAGUUUUGCUCGAACGUUUGCAUGACGAAGCAUCAGAAGAAGAACGGGACCAACUCCCGCCACAAUAACAACAACAGCCACCGCGAGCAGGAGCGGAACUCGUCGAGGAUCAGCCCGGCCCCAACGCCAACUGGACCGUUCCAGUACGAGAGCUUCCACGUUUUCGACUGGGACGACUACUUGAAGAUAAAAGGUUGCGAAGCAGCCCCGGCAGAAUGUUUCAAACAAGCUCGCGAUCCACCGCCGAACAAUUUCAAAAUCGGCAUGAAAUUGGAAGCUUUAGAUCCCAGAAAUGUCACCUCUACCUGCAUUGCAACCGUUGUUGGAGUAUUAGGAUCCCGUCUAAGACUUAGGCUUGACGGUAGUGAUAGUCAAAAUGAUUUUUGGCGUCUUGUUGAUUCAAAUGAAAUUCACCCAAUCGGACAUUGUGAGAAGAACGGCGGAAUGUUGCAGCCACCACUUGGUUUUCGAAUGAAUGCAAGCAGCUGGCCUACGUUUCUAUGUAAAACUUUGAAUGGGGCGCAAAUGGCUCCGCCGGAAAUAUUCCAACCCGAACCAAAGGGUCCAGGCAAAAAUCUAUUUCAAGUUGGACAAAAAUUGGAGGCUGUUGAUAAGAAAAAUCCACAAUUAAUAUGCUGUGCUAGUGUGGAUGCCGUUAAGGAUGAUCAGAUCUAUGUAACGUUUGAUGGUUGGCGAGGUGCAUUUGAUUACUGGUGCAGUUAUGACUCAAGAGACAUAUUCCCAGUGGGCUGGUGUGCUCGAAGUUGUCACCCGAUGCAGCCUCCCGGACAGAAAAACAGACCAGACUCGAGUUCUAGCAAACAAAGACACUCACGAACGUCGUACACUUUGGUUGAAGAGCCUACGAAUCCUGUUACAGCCCAUUUUCAUACGAAAUGUAAAGGUGGUCCACUGAUAAACAGCUCGAAGCUACCGUCGAUGGUUACAGCACCAACUCACCAAACUCUAGCUAAGCUUUGCCUACAGGAAGUUCUCGCUGCAAGUACAGAUACAUCGCAAUUGUCGCCGUUUCUAUUUAGACUUGAUGGCGAUGUUCAUAUCGUCACGGCAGCAGGGAAGAAUUUUACGGUUAAAAUACCGUCCUCACUUCGAUCGGACACUGCAAUGUCCGACUUUCUCGAAACAUUAUGCACAUCAUGUCAAACUUGUCCUAAUCUCAUUACAAUUGAACCUGGUCCGGACCAAUGUGAAAAGUGUGCCUCACAAAGUCUAAAACGUGCGAUAAAAACAGAACCGCAAUCACCUCCUCCUGCCGCGCAAAAGAAAAAGCCUAACGUUGAGCCGGUUGCGGCAUCUUCUACUACAAACAAUAUUAAUGAGGCUCAAUUACCCACAUCAUCCACCUCAUCAUCACCGCCGACACCACCUGAAGCAUCUCAAAUUGUAACGGUCACAACAACAACGACCACACAAACUAUAAAAAAUCCCAGUCCUCAACCUCCCAUACGGGGACAAACUAUUGAUUGGACAAUCGAAGAAGUCAUUCAGUAUAUUGCAUCGAACGACCCCACUCUGGCUGUACAUGCGGAUCUAUUCAGGAAGCAUGAGAUCGACGGUAAAGCGCUGCUGCUGCUAAACUCCGACAUGAUGAUGAAAUACAUGGGUCUCAAGCUUGGACCAGCCUUAAAAAUCUGCAAUCUAGUAACACUAUUAAGUAAAACAAAAGGGCGGAAAAGUACGCAUCUGUAAAAUAUAUUGCCGGCAAAAACAGUGGAAAUUGUACAUUUAGCUACAGAUAUCCUACAAUUCUGUAAAUAUUAAUAUAUACACAUAUAUAUAGAAACUAUAUAUUUUUAAAGAAAAAACUAAGAAAAAAAUUAUCAAAAAAGUGGAGAAAUAUUGUAGUAAUUAGUUUUGUUAUGUAAUUGUGAUGACUUUUAUUUCCUUUACUUCACCUACACAAACCUUUGUUCUCAAGUCCAAUAUUUCACUAGAAAACCUCGAGUAUGUGAACUCCUUAUAUUUUUAAGAACUCUUUUGUUAUCUCGGAUUGUAUAUUCAACAACAAAUCCAUCCUUCACUGAAGUAAACGAAAACGAAAUACAAACUCAAAAUACAAGAAACAAUGUUAUUAUUAAAUUAUGGCACUUAUAAGUAUCUGUACAAACGUGAAUAUAUCGUAAGAUCAAACGGUUAUAAGUUGAAAAUUUGCUCGGGAAUUUGGACUGAUCGAGGGUCCAAUAUUUCUGGAGUGUAUUGUGAAAAUCUGUUUUGUUUCCCGAUCUUACGACUUAUCUAUAGGAAAUCUGGAAAUAGAAAAAUUUAGGUGGAAUAUCAAAUAAAUCAACAUUACACUUAUAUGAAUGCAUUAAACUCAAAUUAUUUAAUGGAACACGAGGUAUAUCUUUGCACCUGUCAAUAUGUAUCUGCGCUGGAAAAGUACAUUUUCGUCACACACGUAUUUUCCUUCUUUCGUCAAUCUGUGUAGAGACUUAAAUCGAUAAAUGCAUACAACAAUCAGUCAACCUUUGAAAACAUACACAUUUACACUCCGCAUAUAGCACAGGUUACUUCCUUUUCAUUUAUCAUAUGUGAAAAUACAUUUAUGGGUAUCUAUGGAUAGCAUCGAAAUCAAAUGUCAUAGACGUACUAUAAAUGAGAAUCUGAUAGUUUAGCUAGAUAGAAGUAUAAUAACGACAAUGGCAGUAUGGUAAACUAUUUAAUACGAUAUGAAAGAAACAUGUAUUGAAAUUUAGGUUUUGUUAAUUUUUAAUUUCUAAUUUAAAAUCAUCCAAUACAAUAAAUGAACACAAAAAUGAAAGUUGCGUCACUACGUUUACACAAUGAAGAUUCAUGAACGAAACGAAUUAUUAGAAAGUGAAAAAUGUUAUGCUUGUUAUGAAUUGAAUUUAGUAAGUAAAACUACAUAAUUUCUUUUUUUCUUCGUUUUGAAAGGAAAACUGAAAAUAAAGGCGUUAUAGGAUUAUAA